GCUCGUCGUUUCGAGAGCGGGUAACUUUGGACGCUUCUCAUUGAAGUUUUCCUCGUCUGGCCGUUUUUACGAUAAAGAGAGGAAAGGGUGAUAAAGAAACGACGCCGCGGACGGCGACGCGUCACGCGAGACACAACACUCCUGAGAUCAGGAGAGGACUCCUCGUUCGAGGGGGGGGGAGGGGGAAACCAUCAAGUACCCCUGGACUCGCUCGUGGUCUGGGUUCGAGGCUCGGUACAUAAAAACGUCCGUACCCCCGCAGAUUACCGGCAGUCAUUGCGACACGAUCACUCUAUCGUGAUAUGCGGGGCGCCGCGUCGCGCGUCGUCACCGUCGCCGCCGCCGCCGCCGCCGUCAUCGCCGUCGCCGUCGCCGUCGUCGUCGUCGCCGUCGCCGUCGCCGACCACAAUUGAACGUCGCACUGCACGCAAGUUCGGAGCAACGCCGUGCGAGGAUGCCGGUGAAGGUCGACGUGGUUCCACCGCCACCCGCGAACUCGAAGCAGCCGGGUGUCACCAAAUCCCUGCUCUACAACGGCUCGCGCUUCCAAGGCUCGCAAAAGUCGAAGGGCAACAGCUACGACGUGGAGGUGGUUUUGCAGCAUGUGGACGAGGAAAACAGUUAUCUUUGUGGAUAUCUGAAGAUCAAAGGUCUUACAGAAGAGUUUCCAACACUGACGACAUUCUUCGACGGCGAAAUCAUCUCGAAAAAAUAUCCCUUUUUGACUCGCAAAUGGGAUGCUGACGAGGAUGUUGACAAGAAACACUGGAGUAAAUUCGAGUCGUUCUGCCAAUACGCCAAAACGUUCAAUUCCGAUACAUUUGAUUAUGAGGCACUGAAAGGAACGGAUUUUGUAUUUAUGAGGUGGAAGGAGCACUUCCUGGUACCUGAUCAUACGAUCAAAGAUAUCAAUGGUGCCUCCUUCGCAGGAUUUUAUUAUAUUUGCUUCCAGAAAUCCGCCGCCACGAUAGAAGGCUUUUAUUAUCAUCGUAGUUCCGAAUGGUAUCAAUCCUUGAAUCUGAGACAUGUUCCAGAACACAGUAUACAAAUUUACGAGUUCAGGUGAAGUCGAUACCUUUGCUGAGAAAUUUCACGAUAUUCGCGUCUUUUCUUUUUUAGCAUACAGAUCUCAUAAAAAUUUCGUCCUAUAAAUCUUAUUAGAAGUAUCAUAAUGAGUCUGUUUAUUAUUCGUGACAUACCUCACAAUUCUGGGGAAGAUUUACAGUGAAAAGUAAUCGGGAUAUCCUCUUAGUCAACUAUGUCAAAAAUCGUUCAGAUUAUGAGAAUUGGAGUGCCUAUUUAGUGAGUGAUCGAUUGUGAAAUAAUUAAUUCAACAUGAUUGAUUGUAAAACGAUUUUUAGUCGAAAUAAAUUAUCUGAUGCAUAUCAUUUUAAAUUAUUGGUGUUUGUUAUUCAGUAGUCUGAUAAAGACUUCAAAAUAUUUGUUUGUGUUUA